AUGUAUCGGAUGAUCAACGUGCAGCCAGACGACCAGAAGCUGCAGCGCAUUAUCUGGCGUGAGUCCCCGACCGACGAGCUUCGCGAGUUCCAGUUAACGACCGUUACGUACGGUACCGCCUCGGCGCCCUACUUGGCAACAAGAUGCUUGCAGCAGUUGGCCGAGGAAGGCGAGGUUUCCCAUCCCACAGCAGCGAAGAUCUUGAAGAAGGACUUCUAUGUUGACGACAUGAUCACCGGAGCUCAGAACGAAGAGGAGGGCAAACUGUUGAUCAACGAGAUAAUCGAGUUGAUGAGUUCCGCUGGAAUGACGCUGCGCAAGUGGAACUCAAGCCACGAGAAGAUACUGGAAGGUCUACCAGAUCACCUGCGUGAUGUUCGAGAUGUUCGUGAGCUUGAUUCUUCAAGGUCGACGAUCAAAACUUUGGGCAUGGUCUGGAAUCCUCAAACUGAUUCGUUUUGCUUCUCUGUACCGAAGUGGAACACCUCUUCCACUAUCACCAAAAGAAUCGUUGCCUCGGAUGCGUCCCUGCUUUUCGAUCCGCUUGGGCUCAUGAGUCCGGUCGUAGUCCAAGCAAAAAUAUUCAUGCAGACCUUGUGGAAAAACGGCUACACUUGGGACGAGCCACUGCCAGAGGAACUGCAGGAGUAUUGGCGCGAGUACAGAAGAAACCUCCUUGCAAUAGAAUCCCUUUCCGUUCCACGCUGGGUUGGCUACCUCAAGGAUUGCGUUGAAGUACAAUUGCACGGAUUUUGUGACGCCUCGGAGUUGGCGUACGGUGCUGCACUAUACUUGCGAUGCAUGCAUCGUGACCGAUCUGUGACCGUGCAUUUGGUAACAUCCAAAUCGAGAGUUGCUCCGUUGGAAGAUAUCUCGAAGAAGAACCGGAGGCAAUCCAUACCGCGCCUGGAGCUCACGUCGGCACUCUUGCUGAGUCAUCUGUUGGAAGCUUUCCGUGCGAGUGUUGACAUUCCGAUGAAGGUAUUCCUGUGGACCGAUUCCAUGAUCGUGCGAUGCUGGUUGGCGUCCAUUCCGUCGCGAUGGCAGACGUUCGUUGCGAAUAGAGUUUCGGAGAUACAGCAUCUGACCCGAGACUGCCAAUGGUGCCACAUCGCUGGUACCGAGAACCCCGCGGACAUCGUGUCCCGCGGAAUGAACCCUGCUCAGCUGUAUUACCAAACUCUAUGGUGGAAUGGUCCAUACUGGCUUCAGAUGUACCACGGUACCUGGGAAGAUGGCGCUCAGGUCGACGAAGAUCAAUUCGACGCAGAGGUGCUGGAAGUGAGAAAUGUUGCCGCGCUACCCGUUGCAGCGGCAUAA